GCACCACUGUGAUUUAGUCCUACUUGCUUUUAUAUAAAUUUCAUAAAGUUGUACAGAUUAUUUUUGAUAAAAGCAACCCAAUCCACAGUGAUGUCUACAAUAAUGAGUCCAUACUCAUGGACAGAAGGUUUGGAGUCUCCUGUAAGAGAAGAAAAACCCAGAGCUGGACUCACAGCUCACGAAUCUCCAGCCAGAAACAAAGCUGAGCCACGGAUCCGGAGACCCAUGAAUGCCUUCAUGGUCUGGGCUAAGGACGAGAGGAAAAAACUAGCCAUCCAAAACCCUGAUUUACACAAUGCAGAACUUAGCAAAAUGCUGGGCAAAUCAUGGAAAGCACUCACUCCUUCACAGAAAAGACCUUUUGUAGAAGAAGCUGAAAGAUUGCGAGUCCAGCACAUGCAGGAUCAUCCCAAUUAUAAAUACAGGCCUCGGAGGAAAAAACAGAUCAAACGUCUGUGCAAACGUGUAGACCCCAGCUUCCUGCUCAACAACUUCCCCCACGAUCAGGCUCCUGGUCACAGUGGAAGAAUCUGUAGGGGGCCUCUGGAGGAGGAAGAGGAUAAAAGCUAUCCACCAGCCUCGAGACUUCCUGCAAUCAGCAGAUUCAGGGAUGCACAGAAAACAAAUGGUAACUUCGACAACUACGGGCUACCUACACCCGAGAUGUCCCCUCUAGACGUAGUGGACGCUGAACACAGUUUCUUUCCACCUCCGUGUACAGAAGAUUCUCCUUCUCAGAUGAAUGGAGUGAUAUAUCAUUCAGAAUACAGCCAAAGCCCCAUUCGAUGUGGAAAUCUGAAUCAGAUCUCAAUCCCCCAAAAUAGAUCUCCCAUGAUGCACCCUUCAGCCAGCCACCCCCCACCGCCUCCUUAUUAUAGCCGAGUCCAACAUCCAGCCUUCCAGUCCAUGAAUUCAAGCACAUCAGUCCACCUUUCUCCCCCACGUGACCACCAUCACCUAGAUAACCUGGAGCAUAUCAGCCAGGCUGAGCUUUUGGGGGAAGUGGACCGCAAUGAGUUUGAUCAGUAUCUGAACACCUCCAGUCAAUUAAGUCAAACAGGAAUGGUAAUGAAUUCACACUUACCUGAUGUGAGUCCAUCAGGAGGCACAAGUUCGGAGAGGAGCCUAAUUUCAGUCUUAGCUGAUGCUACUGCGGCAUAUUAUAAUGGCUCCUAGUCCAGAUAUUAGUAGACUAGAACUUUACUGGCCAAUAACAGUAUUAUUUACAAAGAUCUUUGGACUGGAAAUAUCCUCAGGGUUUUGAAAUGAACCAUUAGUGACUUUCAUAAGUGAAGAACCAAAUUAUUUAUGUAGGUAAAUUUCUUUUUGACAUUUUCUAAAUGAAAAAGGCUCUUGUGUGGUCUUUUUAGUGGUUGUAAACAGGUUAAGAUGCAUUUAAUAUCCAAUGACUACUUAAAAUUUGUUAGUUUGCAAGCUUCUGCAUUAUAUAUAAACAUCUAUACAUAGAUCUUUACUUGCAUUUUUCUUGUCAUUGUUUCAUUAUGUCCAAAAUAAAUAAUCUAACGUUUAUUUUUCUUUAAAAAGGAUUAUGCUUAUGCUCCUUCACAAUUAAUGAUCCACAAUCAAAAUUGCAUGCUCAUAAGUUUCAAAGAUGUACAUUCCCUCAGUGUCAUUAUUUGGUCAUUAGUUGUGGGGAAUCAGUAAGCAUUCACCCAUUUUCAUAAAAGGAAUUUUGCCUCCCUCAGGUGAUGUCAGUUGACACAUUGAUUUAUAUUUAUUUAUAAUUAUUGUUUCAUGAAGCUUUAAAUUUUCCUUGAUGUUUCAUUUUUCCAUUUUGGCAACCUUAAGCAAAAAAGUAAAUGUUUCCAAUAAAAAUAAACGAUUUUUAGACACACUUGCUACAAUUGGGGAAACUAAAAAUAGAUCACCUAGAUAUUCUAUUUCUAACUAUGAAGCUGUCCAGAAAUCAGACUUGAAGGAUUCAAAAUGUCCAUUCACUAUACUAAGAUGUGUUUCAAUUAUUCAGUAAUUUUUCUGAACUAUUCUGGUUUCUUAUGAAUCACUACAUCUAUAUAUAAAGGGAAGAGACAGAAUACUAUUUAAAAAACAAAUAGAGCCUUAUGCACUUUAGAAAUUGUUUUGUUUAUCAUAGGUGUAUCAAGCUUGUUAAUAUUUUAGAAUUCUUAGAAAUAUAGUAAUAAGAAAGGCUAUUUGAAAUAUAGACGAAAUUCAUCACAAUUUAGAUCGUUUUGUAUUUCUCAAUGGCUAGCAAUGCUCAAUUAUAUCAUUUUCAAGGUGAGCAUCCUACAAUUAUCAGAAGGCAUUACUUUUGGAUUACACUUUAAGAAAAUUCCUGCAUUGUCAUUUGGUCAUUAAUUUUGUUUUUGAUACCACGCCAUGGUUUGUUUACAGUUUUUUCUGCUUUGUGGAAUAUGUACACAAUACCUAUAAAAAGUGUCAAAUUAUCACUUUAAAUUGAUAGAAUUUGUUUUAAUACUGAAAUUUGCCUAUUACAUAAUUAUGAGAUGUCCUACUUUGAUGUAACUGUAUAUUCCUAAACAUGUAUAUUACUUUCCCAGUUUCAGUUUAAUAUUUUAAGUGUUUGAAGUGCAGCAGUUGAAACAAAUUUAUAGCAUUAUAAUCCAGUUGUGUAACUGCCAACUAACCUAUAAAUGAUCUCCUCUUGAAUUAGUAUACAUUUGUGAAGUAAUGUUCUGCUAUAAUUUAAAAUCUAUUCACAGAACUAAACUGUACUGAAUUUUGUUUCAUUGAUUUUUAAAAUAAAGGAAUGAG